AUGCGGUCGCUCCCUGCAGAGAUGGCGAGCAUGACAACGAGGAGAUACCACAGCGCAAUUUCCGCCAGAAAGACUCCUGCCUUGACCAGAGCCUUGACCAUCACAGCGGUCGCAACAGGCGGAGCGGGAGGAACGAUGUUGACGCUGAGUGCCAACCUUACUCCUCCGUGCGCUGCAGCUACGACACCUGCCAACUUGCCGGAGCGUCGCGACAGCCAGAGGCAUGGGGAUAGCAGCUCGUCCGCCAUGAUGUGGGAUUACUUGCGGUCGAGGCUGACGAAAACGCUGAGGGGGCUCCUCUGGUCCUCCCUGGAGAUGUUGCUUCUCUGGUCUCCUGUCGUUGUUUCUGGAGCUGUGGUGGGCAUGCUAUGCCAGCUGCCGCUUGUUCCCGAGGAGACUUCAUCGCGCUUUUCAAUGCUGUGGUGGACCUUCCUGUUGAAAGCCCUUGCCAGGAGCGGACCCACAUUUGUUUCCAGGGUGAGCUUUUUCUUUAUGAAACCCAGAGUAGAAAAUGCUGAAAUGUUCCGCCCGAGCAGGAUGUACCUCCGGAGGACCGGCUUCCGACACAGGGAGACAGUACGCGUUCUCUUCUCAGCCGUCAUGGUGGGCGACGGGGAGCUGGCUGGUUCGGUGGUCAUCGAGCGGGCAAGCGAACACCGGUGCACCGACCCAGAGGCCUUUUGCAAAGGCGUGAACGAAGCGAUUCAGAGGGCUAGGCUUGGGGAGGCCCAGGCGGAGGAGAUGUUGGCGCGCAUCUUCAGGUUGUGCUUGAAGUACGAGGUGAGACUGGAGCCCAGGGUGGCACUCGAGGUGAUCGCCGUGGCCGCUCUGGAAGGGCUCCGGCGAACCCUUGCCCCCGACUGCAACCUGCCGACGGCUUCGUUACCGUCGGUUUUGACGGCCGUUCCAAUGAAGACGGCGGGCGCGGGGUAA